AUGUCAAAAGAUUUGGAUAAAGAAAGACCCCAAUUAGCUGUCAACACCAGUCUACAUGCCAGCUCAACUAAGCUGCCAACCAAAAAGUCACUCGGAAGUCUAGAAUCUUCGCAGACCAUUAUUGUCGACUUUGAUGACACUUUCUUGCACCCGCAUGCGUGGCCUAAUUCCCGGCGAUGGUCUAUAUUAAUUCUUACUGUCAUCAUUACAACUCUAGCAAAUAUUUCGACGACCAUCGUUGUUCCUUCUCUGGAUGUCAUCUCGGCAGAGCUGAACAUGGACCCCAUUUCUGAAGGGCCUUUGGUAAUGUCUUCCUACGUAAUGACUCUUGCCUUCGGUCCCCUAUUGGUAGCCCCAUUUAGUGAGCUCUGGGGUAGAGUUCCUCUCAUGCAGGCUGGAAAUAUCGUUUAUAUGGGCUUCAACUUGGCUUGUGGAUUUGCAACUAGUCGAGCCCAGCUCCUUGCUUUCCGCGUCCUUGCUGGCCUCGGGAGUGGCGCAACCCCAGUAGUUGGAAUUGGUAUGAUCAGUGACAUGUUUCCCACUGAAAAGCGCGGGCAAUCACUCGCUGUUUUGAAUAUGGCGUUCAUUCUAGCGACCCCGAUUGGUGCUAUUGUUGGUGGUUUCACAACGUCUUCGGCUUCCUGGAGAUGGGAUUUCUAUUCAACUUCCAUCGCCUCAGUGGUGCUGAUCGCGUCGAGCUUUUUCAUUUACAAGGAGUCGUACCCCCCAGUCCUACUCUCCCGGAAAAAGAAGCAGCUGUUGAAGGCCAGCGGUGCAAGCGCAGGUGACUUAAAAACACCCUAUGACGAUGAGCAUCCUACGAUUGCGGCAUUGUACUACAAGACCCUUAUUCGGCCUUUGUAUUUCCUUGUCACGCAGCCCAUUAUUCAGCUCCUUGGUCUCUAUGUGUCCUUUACCUACGGAAUGACCUACCUUAUAUUCGGCUCAUUCCCAGCACUCUGGGAAGGGCGCUACCAUGAGACCAAAACUGUUGCCUCGCUCCACUUCAUCGCCCCUGGAAUCGGCUAUUUUUCCGGGAUUAUGAUUGGCAUGUUCUUUGCAGAUCGGACAUAUCGGAAGCUUCAGCGAAACUCCGACGAGAAGAAGCCAGAGUUUCGGCUCCCUCUUCUGGUUAUCAGCUCAACCUUCAUACCCGGCUCCCUGAUCUGGUAUGGGUGGUCCGCAGAGGCUCGCGCUCACUGGGCAAUUCCCACCAUUGCGAUAUGCUUCUUAAUGUGUGGCUGCACUAUAUUGUUCCAAUGUGUCACUGCCUACUCCAUUGAUACGUUUCAUAUCUAUGCCGCCAGUGCAUCGGGCGCACUGUUCUUCGUGAGGGGUCUCUGCGCCUUCACGUUUCCUUUGUUCGGACCUACUAUGUACAAAAACAUAGGCUUUGGCUGGGGUAACACUCUGCUUGGACUGCUGGCCCUGACCAUUGGCGUUCCAGUCCCGUUGAUUCUGUGGAAAUAUGGCCCUCGACUCCGGCAAAGGAGUGUUUUUGCAAUGUCUUCAUAG